AUCCCUGUCACGUCACGGUUUCGGAUUAGAUUAGUCUGGGGUGAACCACAGUCCGGUGUCAACAAACGCUACGGAGCCGGGCUAUGCGCUUGUGAGACCUGCCUGACGAUCGACUGUUUCCCAUCUUGCUUUUUCCCGACUGUAGUGUUGGCGUUGCUAUGGGCCACUGCGAGAUAGCGCAUCCGAUAUUGCACCAUCACAACAAUGAUCGUGCGGGAGAGCCCCAAGUCAAAAGUCAAGAACAACCAGCCCAACUGGCCCCCGCAAUCUCCAGUCGAAGCGCUGCUCAGCUCGCCGUCCGGUCGUAAGAGGUACGAGAGCCGCCGCCAGCGCGACUCAGCAUCGCCGUCCCCUUCGAAACGCCGCCCAAUGUCGCGCGGAGGUGUGCCAGCCGGCAGCGACGGAGAGGAGGAUGAGGAGACGCUCCAGCUGCAACUCCAGGCCAUCGAGGCCAAGCUGAAGCUGAAGGCGCUGCAGAAGAAGAGGAACGAGUCUCAGGACGUGGAUCGCAACGGAGCAUCAUCACGAGCGAGCAUGGCCACCAGCAUGCGCAGAAUCGACCUGCCGCGACCCGAGAACAGGCAAGAGACCGACGUCGAGGUACCCCGAUCACCAGUCCGGAUGCGACAGGCGCCCACCGAGCCGAAGAGUCCUGCGCGGGUCAUGUUGGGCAUAGACAAAGGACUCACAGCCCGCGACGUUAGUCUCAAGCGGCCGGGAAGUGCUGUGAGCGGGCGCAUGUCGCGGCUGGGCUCGUCGAAGGACGUCGAGCCGCCCAAGAUUAAGUCCUUCAGUGAGCGCAUCGCCGAGAGCAGGAACAAGGAAAAGGAACGUGAAGAGAAAGAGGAUAAGGCCGAACAGAGACGGAGUAGGGGAUUUGGGCUGCAGAACAUCGAAGCGCUGAAAGACCGGCCGUCACUAUCGCGAACCAGCUCUUCUCAGAGUACCGACACCAAGACCUCUCGUGAUAUGCCUCCGCCGGCCCUGAGGAAUCACAGCCGAACGCAAAGUCUACAGAAUCGCUCGUUUGGGAACCCGCCCACCCCACGACCAGGCUCGACAUUAUCCUUUAGGCCCGAGAGUUCACGCCCAACCUCGUCCUCCUCCAAGGCCACGUCUAGCAGCUUUGGCUCAACACCGACCGCCACAAAGUACGCCGAGAUCUCAUCGCGCGACGAAAGCACCGAUGCUCCUAGUUUUGAAUCCUUCUCUGGUCUCCACCUCAAGUCGAGAGAAAUGCAACACAAUGUAGUCACCCGCACCCUGGAAGGCAAGACCGUCCUCACUAUACCUCAACUCCUGAAGACUGUGAAAGCGCCAGAAUACGAUCCGCCAGAUUGGGAGAACGACUAUGUUGUUCUAGGGGUUAUCUGCUCCAAGUCGACACCACAAAACUCCAAGAACGCCGCGAAGGAUCAGAGUAAGGGCAACCAAGACAAGAAUCUGGACCAGAACGGCAAGUUCAUGGUUAUUCGCCUGACUGAUCUUAAAUGGGAGCUCGAUCUCUUCCUGUUCGACACCGGCUUUUCGCAGUUCUGGAAACUCCCUCUCGGCACGCUUGUUGCUAUUCUCAACCCGGACAUCAUGCCACCACGGAAUCGUGACACCGGCAAAUUCUCACUGAAGUUGUCAAGUUCUGACGACACCAUCCUUGAGCUUGGCACCGCGCGAGAUCUAGACUUCUGUCAUGCACAACGGAAAGACGGCAAAGAAUGUGGUCAGUGGAUCGAUGGUCGCAAGACUGAGUUCUGCGAAUUCCACAUUCAACUUCAGGUCGACAAGGCCAAGAAAGGCCGCAUGCAAGUCAACACCAUGACUGGGUUUGGUGGAGGACCAGGCGGCGGCAUGUUUGGCCGACGCGGUGGCCCGAAAGGUGAUGAACUCAAAAGGGAAGGCAAGUACCACGACCGCGAACUCCACGAGACCGUCUACAUCGCACCACGUCCCGGCGGGGCAGCAAAGCUCAUUGACCGCGAUCAUCAAAACUGGGAAGGCGGAGCAGGCCGAGAAGACCGCUUCCGCAAGCAACUCGCCGAAAAGGAGAAGGAAAGAGAACUAGCAAAGAAGCUCGGCACAAUGGGAGAUGGCAGUACCGGAGGCGACUACAUGAAGCUCAAGGGUGCUGGUACCCAGAACCUCCCCGCAAGAGGCUACACAUCGUCGCAAGGUUCCUCAGGCGCAAAGCCCGACAAGCCAGCCGACGUGGACUUUACCAGUCUACUGAACCCAUCGGCGAAAUCGUCAAACUCGAGCGACCCCGUCGGCUGGGGCUUCAAGUACGGCCGUAUCCCGUCACCGAAGAAGGAAACUUCUUUCCCUUCUGCAUUCCGCGGUACACGAGAAGCCAGCCCAGCAAAGAAGAAAGCUCGUCUCUUGUUAGCCGGAAAGGGGAUCCGCGAGCCAGGACGAGAGAGUCUGGGUGGUCUUGAUGCUGGUCUUAUUGCUGCCAUGGACGACGACGAUGAUGAUGAUUUGGAAGUUGUUUAAUUCUUUCGGAAAACAUUAGGGGAGGCAUACAAAAAAACAUGAAGGGGAGGGCGUUUGGGUCACAAGCUCGCUGAUUGGCUAG